UUGAGACAGUACUUUAGACUUCAAACUAUUAACUCUUAUUUGCAAGAAACUCACAAGAACUUACGGCAUACACCAUUAAUAGUAUUGCAAAAAUGUCUUUCCCGCAGUCACGAGCCCAGUCUGAGGUCUUCUCAGCAUCCCAGUAUGACGGACCAAUCAUCAAACGACCGCGCAUACAAUUCAAUUAUUUCAUCAUUCCAAUCUUCAUAUUAUCAGUUGUUGGUUUGGCAUGUUUAUGGACAUUAUGGUAUUACAUGAGUUUCACGACAGUCUUUCCUUAUCACCAUCGAGUAUUCCAGUGCCGUGACAUCCUUUUGUAUAGACCCAAUUUUCAUGCAGAGGAUUUUAAUCUUUAUGUAUCUUAUGAACUCCUUCAUGCACUUGGUUUCGUAUUACCACCAGUUGUUAUGUUUAUCGGUGAAAUAAUGUUUUGGCUAUUCUCUACGAAACCGAGAAAGAUAGUUUACGCUAGCUGUGGCGAAUGUAAAAUUCAUUUAUUAACUCGACGACUUGCACGAUUUAUUGGUGUGUUCAUGUUCGGUGCACUUAUAACACAAAUAUUUGUUUAUACGAUCAAAUUUAUGACUGGUUAUCAUCGACCAUAUUUUUGUCUCUUUGUAAACCAAACAUAAGCGCAUGUACAGGACCGCUCGAUCAAUCGCCAUCACCAUCUCCUUUUUUAGCCUGCUUAUACCGGAAUCCCAAUGAUUUGCGCUACGCCUCACUUUCGUUUCCAUCACUCC